AUGGUGUGGAUGAGCACCGGUCCAGAGAUCCACCUACUCUUCGGUCACGACGCGAUGAACCAACUGUGCAAAGUGUGUGGAGAACCUGCAGCGGGAUAUCAUUUUGGCGCUUUCACUUGCGAGGGCUGUAAGGUAGGCAUAGGUAUCGGGAAUAGUAUUGAUGAUGAGCUCAGAGAUAAGAUGACAUUCCAGGAGAAGCGAUUCAUAGACAGGCAUACAAUUGACUCGUUAAGCAAAUACAAAGUCGGCUAUAUCUCGGAGAGGUUUGGGUCACAGGGUUUGGGUCAC